UAUUUCUUCUUCCUUUCAUUCGUUUUUCUGAUUACAUUGCCAUAUCAAAUUCAUCAAUUAGCCGACUAGCGACGUUUGUCACUUUGUCGUCUAGGAAAGAAAACCAGGCUAACAGCCUGAAUUACCAUUUUCGUUUAAAUUGGGUUACUUCGUUUGUUUCCAAUUUUCCAUGUGAUCAUCUUCAAUUUGUUUUUAAUUUCUUUUAAAAGUUGCCCGAUAAUUUGCACUCCUCUGCUUUACUCAAUUAUGACUUUGUCUUCUGAAUAAUGCAAAAUUCAACAAUUCCUCUUAGUCUGCUGUGAUUUAAUAUUUUCAAGAUUUUUGCAUGAAAAUAUACCAAGUAUGUAGAUUAAAAAAAGAAGUCAAUAACUUUUUUUUUUUUUUUUUUGAUAAUAAGUCAAUAACUACCUUAUUAUUGAUAUUUGGGCGGCUAUAUUACCAUUUUAAUCCGUUAUUGUUGCUAGGUAUUACGCAAAUCAAGUUUUGAUCAUAUAUUCAUAUUAAAGUUGAUGAAUUCAAAAAGUGGUUCAGGAUCAAUUGUUUCCCACAAGCAGGGAAGCAAGAACUAUUGUUCUUUCUGGGUUUUGGUUUGCUCACUUCCAAGUUUCCUGGGCACUUUGCUUCGAUUAACUCGGAUUAAAACUAAUUAACCCAUUAAAGCCCUUAAUCCACAAUUUUUAACACAGAAAGAUGGUUGUGUUGACAUCAGAUUGUGUUGGGAUUCAUAAUUUUGCUGAUGUUUUUGGUCCAAUACCAGUCCGACCCUCAAUUGAUCCUUAUUUUCGAGGUUCCAAGGACUCGAAUUACCCUAAAAAAGGGAAUGGUAGUCUUGAAGUUCUGUCGUUGGAUCUUGACAAAAAAUCAUGUGUUGGGGUUGAGGAUUUUGAAGUGCUUAAAGUUGUGGGAAGGGGCUCAUUUGGGAAAGUUUUUCAAGUUCGAAGGAAGGGAUCAUCCAAUGAAGUUUACGCGAUGAAGGUGAUUUCGAAGGACAAGGUGAUCGAAAAGAAUCAUGUCGAAUACAUCAAAUCCGAGAGGGAGAUACUAAUGAUAGUUGAUCAUCCCUUCAUUGUUAAGCUUAAUUAUACAUUUCAGACAAAAUAUAGGCUCUAUUUUGUGUUAGAUUUUGUCAAUGGAGGUCAGCUGUUCUUUCAACUCCUUCAACAUGGCUUAUUUAGGGAGGAUUUGGCUCGAGUUUAUACAGCUGAGAUAGUCUCUGCAGUUUCUUACUUGCACAAAAAUGGCAUCAUGCAUCGGGAUCUUAAGCCAGAGAACAUUCUAUUAGGUGCCGAUGGCCACAUAAUGUUGACUGACUUCGGACUAGCAAAACAAUUUGACGACACAACAAGAUCCAACUCUUUGUGUGGAACAACUGAGUAUAUGGCACCUGAAAUUAUUCUUGGCAAAGGGCAUAACAAGGCUGCUGAUUGGUGGAGUCUUGGGAUUCUCUUAUAUGAGAUGCUUAUUGGAAAGCUACCCUUUAGUGGUGGAAACAGGUACAAAUUGCAGCAGAAAAUAGUCAAAGACAAAAUCAAAUUACCUACCUUUUUAACAAGUGAGGCACAAUCUCUAGUAAAAGGGCUGCUUAUGAAAAACCCGAGCAAACGGCUAGGAAGUGGACCUCGUGGAGAAGAUGAGAUAAAGAGUCAUAGAUGGUUCAAGUGCAUCAACUGGAAGAAGUUGGAAAACAAAGAAAUUCAACCCAACUUUAGACCAUUUGUUGGAGGAAAUGAAUGUGUUCUUAAUAUUGCAGAUGAAUGGACCAAAAUGUCUCUGGUCGAUUCUCCGGCGACUAGUCCAAGGUCCAGUGAAGAGAAAGAAAACAUCUUCGAGGAAUUUGGCAAUUUUGUUUGAGAAUUGUCACUCGACAGAGUUAAGGAGAAUUGUCAUGUUGUAUCCUUUUCUCUUCAUAAAUUAAUAAAAUGUUUAAGAAUAUCAAUCUUGAUUACAAAUGUACUGUAUGUAUGUCUUUCAGAGUACUCCCCAACUUGAUUACAAAUGUACAAUUUAUUCGGAUAACUAGAUUAGAUAUCGUGCACGCACGGAUUAUGAUAAUUUCUUUUACAAAA